AAAAUAACAAUUUUGGAAAAGAAUUCCAUAGUAAUGCUAUUCCCCCAAACUAAUGGAAUUGCUAUUCCAUUUUUUAUUUGGUGGAAUUAUAAUUCCAUUCCAGAUAUCUCUCUUCUACUCUUGGCCCAAGCCCAACAAACCCUAACCCUAACCCUAGCAAACUGAAGAUUAACCAUUGUGACCAUCUUCUUCGUCUUCUUCGAUCAACUCUUAUUCGUCUUCUUCGAUCGACUGCAAGUGCCGGGGUAGCGUUGCCAGAGGAUAAUGGCUCGCUUAACUGUAAGUGAAAGACAAAUUUUGAGAAAGAAGAAGGUCAUAACUCUUUAUAUGUAUUGGAUGAAUGUGUUGCAUGUAGUGCAAUGGUUUUUUAAAUUAUGGGAAAAAAUUAUUGAACAUAGUAUUGAAUCAAGCUCUUUGGGAAGACAAUUAUACAUACUUGAUAUUUUUGUCAAUAGGCAAAUUGUGCACCAAAUAGCUUAUGAGAGUGAUGUCAUUUGUUUUGAUCAACUUAGGAUGAAUAGGAAAGCAUUUAGCACUUUAUGCAUAAUGCUUGAAACUAGGGGUGGGUUAAAAGCAUCUAAAUAUUUACAAGUAGAUGAACAAGUGGCUAUGUUUUUACAUGUAAUUGCUCAUCAUGUGAAAAAUAGAGUCGUUAGAUUUCGAUUUAUGAGAUCGGGUGAGACAAUUAGCAAAUAUUUUCAUAAUGUGUUACAUUCAAUCAUUCGGCUACAUGGAGAGUUAUUGAAAAGACCUGAACCUGUUCUUGAAAAUUCAACAGAUGAGAGAUGGAAAUGGUUCAAGAAUUGCUUAGGAGCACUAGAUGGAACUCAUAUUAGAGUGAGAGUACCUAUGAAUGAUAAACCAAAAUAUCGUACUCGAAAAGGUGAAAUAGCUACAAAUGUCUUAGGUGUAUGCUCCCAAGACUUGCAAUUCAUAUAUGUGUUACCUGGUUGGGAAGGCUCUGCAGCAGAUGGUAGAGUUUUACGUGAUGCCAUACGUAUAACAAAUGGUUUGUGUGUUCCAAAUGGUUAUUAUUACCUUGUAGAUGCUGGAUAUACUAAUUGUAAGGGAUUUCUUGCUCCAUAUCGAGGCCAACGUUAUCACCUCAACCAAUGGGAAGAUGGAAAUCCUCCUAGAAAUUCACAAGAAUUUUUUAAUAUGAAGCAUUCAUCUGCUAGGAAUGUCAUUGAGAGAUGUUUUGGUGCAAUUAAGAGUCGAUGGGCAAUUCUUAGGAGUCCGUCAUUCUAUCCAAUAAAGACUCAAAAUCGAAUCAUUUUGGCAUGUUGUUUGCUUCAUAAUUUUGCAAACAAUUAUUUUGAGCAUAAAUAUGGGUAUUGGACAUGAAUACUUAUAUUUUUGAACAAGUUUUUAUGUGAUUAUAUAGUUUUUUUAAAAAAAUAUAUGUUAGGUUUUUUUUAAAGAA